CUGUGUUGUCCUAACAUGCAUUCUAACUUGAAUUUGCAGGCUCCUGGUGGGAUAGCAACACCGCAAGUUUAUGGUCAACUGCUUGCUUUAUAUCUCCUACACAAUGAUAUGAAUACUGCACGGUACCUCUGGAAGAGGAUACCUCAAGCCAUCAAAACUGCUAAUCCUGAGCUUGGUGCAAUUUGGUCUGUGGGACAGCGUAUUUGGCAAAGGGAUUUUCCUGGCAUUUACACUGUCAUUAGCUCUCAUCAAUGGUCUGACACCAUCCAGCCUAUCAUGGAGGAAUUGAGAGAUGCUACAAGACGACGUGCCUUUGGUCUUGUUGCCCAAGCGUACACAUCAAUUAGUGCUGACGAUCUUGCUGCUUUUGUGGGACUUCCUGUGGAAGAUGCUGUUAAAGCUGUAUUAGAACAGGGGUGGCAGGCAGAUCCAUCCACACGAAUGGUUGUACCCAAAAAGGCAGAGCCUCCCCCAGUACCACAGAUUCCUAAUGAACAACAGUUGGCCAGACUGACUGACUACGUGGCCUUCCUUGAGAACUGACAAACUACCACCAAGUGAGAGAGAGACAAAACUCAGGCUGUCAGUUUCUUGUUCUGCGAAUGACAGAGACCAGCGGAAUUUUGCUGUCUGCUAGCCUUGACUAAAAGGAAACUUUUAAAGUUGUUCUUGAAUGUUCGUGUAAAUAUCAAUGUCACUAAAUUAAAAAGAAAACCCUCUCCAGGGACAUGUA